AGCACAAACCUUCACUUUCCAUCCCAUAGAAAAUUCUUUUAAAAACUGUAUUAUAGUAUUACCGAGAUCAACAAUCUCAUCACGUCUUUACUCUUUAUGACAUCCAUAAUAAAACCACUCACUGUGGACUUCAUUUUGUAACUACCCUGUAAUUUUUAUCUCAGUUAUUAAUUUAAAUCAAACCGGGGAGAGUACUAUCUAAAAUCCGGUAUGCCGGCGGCCCUAAAAGCAGGAAGCCGGCCACCAUGGGUUGGUCUUGCAGCUGCCGUUUGGGUCCAGAUCGCUUCUGGAAACGCCUAUUCUUUCCCACUUUACUCACACGCAUUGAAAUCCGUACUGGGUCUGUCUCAACAACAGCUAACAAUUCUUGGUGUGGCAAAUGAUUUUGGGGAAAAUGUUGGAAUCCUUCCAGGCAUUGCUUCUAAUAAAUACCCACCAUGGGUUGUUCUUUCUAUCGGUGUUCUUGCUUCUUUCUUUGGUUAUGGUGUCAUUUGGCUUGCUGUUAGUGAAACUGUACAUAAUAUGCCUUACUGGGUUUUGUGGAUUGCGCUUGUUGUUGCCACUAACAGUAGUGCAUGGUUGGGGACCGCGGUGCUUGUGACCAACAUGAGAAAUUUCCCUCUCAGCCGCGGCACGGUUGCUGGAAUUCUCAAAGGUUAUGUUGGCCUCAGUGCUGCAGUUUUCACAGAGGUGUAUACUAUGGUGCUUAAAGGAUCAGCUUCUUCACUUUUGCUCUUCUUUACGGUUGGGAUUCCCGUUAUAUGUUUGGCUUUGAUGUAUUAUGUUCGGCCAUGUACUCCAGCUUCUGAAGCAGACCCAUCAGAAAACGCUCAUUUUCUUUUCACUCAGUUGGCAAGUCUAGUUCUUGCAGUCUUUCUUCUGACAACAACGAUACUGAAAGAUACAUUGACUCUAAGCAAUGCCUUGUCCUACACUUUCGUUGGGAUAAUGGUGAUUCUAUUAAUGGCACCUCUUGCAAUUCCAGUUAAGAUGACUUUAUUUCCUUCUAUCAAGAAGCUUAACAGGCCGGCGGGUUCUUCAGACAAUCUAACCGUAACAGAUCCGUUGCUGAUAGAGUCUGUUUCAGUAACGAAUCUUACUAGUCUUACUGAAGGUGAAGAUAUUUCAGAGGUGGAUGCGCUUCUUGCCGUUGGAGAAGGCGCAGUUAAAAUCAAGAAGAAAAGAAGACCUAGAAGAGGUGAGGAUUUUACAUUUCGUGAAGCGAUUGUGAAGGCUGAUUUCUGGCUUUUGUGGUUCGUUUAUUUUCUUGGUGUUGGCUCGGGUGUCACUGUUCUUAACAAUCUAGCCCAAAUUGGUGUUUCACUUGGGUUUAAUGAUACGACUACACUGUUAAGUCUAUUCAGUUUCUGCAAUUUUCUGGGUCGUCUUGGAGGAGGUGUUGUUUCAGAAUACUUUGUAAGGUUAAAGACUAUUCCACGCACAUUUUUGACGACUGUAACUCAAGUAAUCAUGGUGAUGACGUAUCUUAUGUAUGCAUCAGCUCUAAAUGGGACACUUUAUGUUGCAACAGCAUUGCUUGGAAUUUGCUAUGGUGUUCAGUUUGGUGUCAUGAUCCCAACAUGCUCUGAGCUUUUUGGAUUGAAAAACUUUGGUUUAAUUUUCAACUUCAUGGGGCUCGGAAACCCGAUUGGUGCUUUUUUAUUCUCCGGGUUACUUGCUGGUUAUGUCUACGAUACAGAGGAGGCUAAGCAAGGUGGGUCCACCUGCAUAGGCCCAAACUGUUUCCGGCUCACUUUCUUCGUACUUGCUGGUGUGUGUUGUAUAAGUGCAUUCUUGAGCAUAAUUUUAACCAUCAGGAUUAGGCCCGUUUACCAAAUGCUUUAUGCUGGUGGUUCAUUCCGUUUACCACAAAGCUCGGGCCACUGAAGUUGAGGGUCCAUGCGACUUGGUCAAGUGUAUUAUUUAUAUCUGCGCAUGAUCAUUUUGAAAGUUGCAGGGAAACCUAACUCUAGUUUAAUAAGUAAUAUGUAAUGAUGAUGUAGAAUCAAACAACUCCCUUAUUUUGGUACUGCUGACACAUAGCAUGAGCCUUAUUUUAAAUUUGCUAUGAUGUCUAGUUUGUAGAUUUAUUGAACUUUUAUAUUGUACCAUGUGCCUCAUGGAUUGUAAUUUGAUAUGCAAUUAUGCAUACAGGUGUUACAAAAUGGAAUAUCUUAUUGUUGGUUGACAAAAA